AGCGCCGGCUGAGGCGCAUGCGCAAUGGCCACCCAGGAAGCGCGACAGUGCGGGCGCGCAUGCGCACUUGGCUCGAGCCGGGAAAUGGCGGUUCUGUGAGGAGGAGAAAGGAAAGGCAAAACGGUUGGAGCUGAAUAUUGAUACAAAUCAUGGAUGAUCCAGAAGAAGACUAUAUGUCUGAUUCCUUCAUUAAUAUCAACCAGGAUGUCAGGCCAGGAAUGCCGUUGCCAAGGCGGGUGAAAGAAACAUUUAAGAAAGAAGAAAAACAAAAAGAAGCCAAUGAAAAAAGUAAGCAGAAAAGUAUAAAAGAGCAGGAAAAAGAACAACGUGACACCGUCUUAAAUAUUGCAUUGGGCAAUGAAAAUAAAGGCUUUGCUAUGCUUCAGAAGAUGGGCUACAAAACUGGGCAGCCUCUUGGCAAGAGCGGAAAAGGGAUUGUUGAGCCCAUUCCUCUGAACAUUACCACAGGUCGGAGUGGGCUUGGCCAUGAAGAAGUAAAAAAACGGAAAGCUGCUGAAAACCUGGAAAGUUACAGAAGAAAAAUGCAUUUGAAACAACAAGCAGAACAACAGACGGCUGACCUCUUCAAAAUGAGACUGAAGACAAAACAAGAGCAACUACAAGUACAGCGGGACCUUCAGAAAAGUCAGAAAGCCUGUCAGCAAUUAGAUAUGCAAAAGGGCCUUGAAAUCCCCAAGGAGAUUUGGUACUGGAUAAAACCAAAGGAUGAAAAAGAAGAUGUGGAGGAAGAAGAGGAGGAGGAAGAGGAAGAAGAAGAAGAACACGGAGAAUUGGAAAAGUUACGAAUUUUGACAGAGUAUUUAAGGAAAGAAUAUUUCUAUUGCAUCUGGUGCGGCACAGCCUAUGAAGAUCAAGAAGAUCUAUCUUCAAAUUGCCCUGGAGACACUUUUACAGAUCAUGAGUAAUGCUCUUAAGAAGCAAAACAAGAAAGCAAAAGGCCUGUUUUAGGUCUAUGGAAAGAUCUGGGUUCCAGGGACUAUGGACUAAUUUGGAAGACCACAUCAUUUUAUAGUAUUUGGGAGGUGUAUUAUACGAUUAAAAUUGGCAACUUA